GAAAGAAAUACUUAACAUCCUCUGCUUCAUCUCCGAUCUCUGUGGGUUCCUGAGCAGCAGCGAGAAUGACAAAGGCUCUGUGGCUUCUCUUGCUUCCCCUUCUCUUCGUGUCUGCUUCUGCAGCCGCAACUCAGAGUACCAAUAACCCUGCGGAUGAUUUAGUGGCUGUACUUAAUAAUAACAGGACUGCACAAAAGUUGAAGUCCCUUUAUGACAACCCAGGCCUGGCCUGCAUUGCUCUGCAGUACUUAAAAGCCUACCAAGGUGAUUGUGGUGCAAUAGGAGGGCCUAAUGCGAAGAAGCCUGCUGAUGCUGAAUUUGCUGAAACUUUUGCUCCCAACUGUGGUGUUCUUGUCUCAACCAUGUCUCCUAUUACUGGUCGUUUACUUGGCUGCCAAUCUCGUUAUGUUGAAGCUUCCGAAGCAUUUUCAGAUAUCCUAAUGAAAAACAGCAAGGCCUUGGAAAUACUUUACAAUAAGAAUGACACUGAAGUUGGAGCUGCUGUGAGUGGCACUGAUGGUGGGUCUCCCUACUUCUGGUGUGUCAUGUUCAGCACUGGCAACACAAACAGCAGUUUUGCUUUUGAGGGAGGUGUAGCUAAGGCAACACGACCCGGGUGCUUUAGCGGCGCCAACGACGAGUGCAGCAGCGCUUAUGAUUGGUCUCAAAACCGCCGGAUAUGGCCGUUUGCUGCCACAGCUUUGCUUGCAGCUGGAUAUGCUUUUGGAUUAUGAUCAAUUUUUUUACAAGAAUUUGAACUACUUACUACUUGAUUUGAGGGCCUCUUUUGUUGUGUUUGUAAUGAGAGGCUUGGCCUUUCUCAUUCAAUUUCUGUUUUGUA